AUGGACGCCGAAAAGUUCGAGUCGCUGCUGGAGAGCAUGCUCCAACUGCGCCUGGAUUCUCCGCAAGAUAGCGAUGGGGUUACCGGCGUCACCGAUCAACUAGCUGCGGCUGUCGCUGCACAACCCGCUGCCGCGGCAGAGAACAGCCGUGCAGAUCAAUCGGCGGGUGAAUGGGCAGAGCUCCUCGUGAGCCAAAUGGUGAGCGCCACGUCCAUGGACGACGGCCGGUGCCGCGCCGCCAGGAUCCUCGAGGCAUUCGGAGGCAGCGUCUGCUCUCGCGCCGCGCAGGUAUCCAGAGAAAAGGACCAGCUGUUGGGAGCCGCCAAGGAGCAGACCUCCAUCCUGAAGAGGGCGGUAAUAGCGCAGCACCGGCGGCGCCUGGAGGACGAGGAGAAAUGCAGGGAACUCCGGGGCCAGGUCGUCCAGUACAGGGAGAAGAUCAAGCGGCUAGAGGCGGACAAUUACGUGCUGUCCAUGCACCUCAGGAACGCAGGGCCGGGCGGGGGCUCCAUGCCGGGGAACUUCCACCCGGAAGUUUUCUGA